AGGAGGAGGGAGCGACGACGUGGACUUGUCUCUCUGGCAAAGGUGCAUCAACUCAUUGGGUAACUACGCCGAAAGCGAGCACUCGUGUGCUUCGUUGGACUAGACAGAAGUUUUGGGACACCAUCAUGACUUUCAAAGUUUUUGUUGAGGAGCGUGCAUAUUUGUUUCUAGACAGACUCCCUGUCCCUACUACUGCUUUGCUAUACGCAGAGAAAUUGUAUAUGUGCAGGCCUCUCCGGCAACCGAUUCUUUGUUUUUCUUAUAUAAUUCAUAUCAGAGAGGUGGCCUGAAUUUUAUUAACAACGUCAUAAUCAUGAAUAUGCAAAUACGACACGCUGAUCCGCAUAUAGAGUGAGAUCGUAGAUAUAUCUUCGCUUGCUAAAACUAAUAUCUUUUAACGUCAAAAAGGACACACACGGGUAGAUGCAGAAGAAAAAUCUUCUUAAAGGUAAAGAAUGUGGCAUACACAUAGGAUUGCUCUUUGAUAACAAGAGAUUGACGGUGGAAGGCAGCCACAGCAAGAACAGCAGUAGUCUACCUUUGAAUUUACAGCACAACAACAUGGCAACCAAUGGGAUGAGUUGUACCGAUUUCGAACUUUAUUCUUCUGCGAAAGAAUUUUGUAAUACUGACUUCGAUUAUUUCAUUUGGAUCAUCAGUUAG